AUGAAGAAGAAGAGCAUUCAUGACAUCCUCCCUCUUGAGUUGAUUCACAGAAUCUUCCUGAGAGUGCCGGCCAAACAUCUCGCUCGCCUCAGUAACAACAAUGAUGCAUUACAAGUAAGAAAGGUGUCUCCCUCUUUCACGUUGGAAUCACCACCUCAUUUUGAGGUCCUGGGAUCAUGCAGAGGCUUUGUUCUCUUACAUCAACCCGAAAGAUUUCUUGUGGUAUGGAACCCACUUACUGGAUCCAGCAAAUUGAUAUCCUAUUCUCAUAUUGCUUCUGGUUUUAAGCACAAGUAUGGAUUUGGUUAUGAUGCUUCACAGGAUGACUACUUAGCUGUUGUACCUUGGCAGGAUAAGCAUGGCCAAGAUCACUUUGAUUGCUUUUCCUUGAGAGCCAAUUCAUGGAUUGAUUUUAAGGAUGCACUCCCCAAACCCUUGGGUUUUAAUAACUGGCAUUCUCCUGGGUUGUUCUUUAAUGGCGCUAUUCAUUGGGUGCCUUCCAUUCUUAACGAUUACAGGGAUGCUAUUCUUAUCUUUGAUCUCAAGGAAAGGACUUUCUCAAUGAUAUCUGUCCCAGAGAAACUGGGAAGGAGUUCAUGUAUCUAUUCAGGUCUUGCCCUAUUAGGAGGCUGCCUAGCCUUGUAUUAUCGCAAUAUUGAUAGCUAUAAAACUGAGAUAUGGGUGAUGAAAGAAUAUAAAGUGCACUCAUCUUGGACUCUCUAUCAGAUUUCUCCUACCUAUGACUUUCGGCCUCUGUACUUAUCCAUUGCUAUGGAUCUUAUUGGAAAACGUCAUACCUACGAUAAAUCGGAGUUCUACAUAUACAAUCUCAGAGAAGAGAGGCUCCAACGUUUUAAAUAUCUAUGUUUCCCGGGUGCCUUCUUUGAAGCUGAUGCUGUGUAUACAGAGAGUCUCUUGCCGCUCCCAAGUGGCAUUAAGGAUAAAGAUGAGAAGGAGGAGGAAAAGGGUAUGUAA